UGAACACGUGUCCGUGUAGAAACUAACUGUGACUUUUAUUUGCAGAUUCCUAAGUCGAACGUGUCAUUCAUGAUCAGACCGCACUGUACCGACUAUCAAUGAAUGGACCUGGAUGUCCUGAAAGCAGCCUGAGCUCGUGUGAAUCUUUCGCAGCUCUGCACCUUUAAAUCUCUCCGCCCCUCCCUCGUCUCAGUGACAAGCCCGCAGAGCCUCUUUAACGCGUCCAGUGGAAAUGACAAACCAGAGGCGCUCCACGGGGCCAGCAUGUCAAAUAACAACAAGAAUCCCGCGUUUUAGCGACAGCAACUCGUCCGAAGCCCACAACCUCGGACACUAACGAGGCUUCUUUUGGGCCGUUUUUUUGUGGCUCUGCGGGCGCCUCAAAGUUGGUGCGAGCUUCGCCAAAUGGACUUCCAUGGACUGGGAUGAAACCUCCAAAUCUAUCGGACUGACGGAAGGAGGGAAAGAAACCUCUGCAUGUUCAAGUUUCCUGCUCCAACCAGAGGGGCAUCGGUGCGCGCGUGUUGGAUGUGUGUGCGCGCGUGUGUGUGUGUGUGUGUGUGUGUGCGUGCGCGCCUGCUGGACUGCAGACCCCACGAGCUGUACGAGUCCUCGCACAUCGAGUCGGCCAUCAACCUGGCCAUCCCGGGCCUCAUGCUCCGGAGGCUGAAGAAGGGCAACCUCCCCAUCCGCUCCAUCAUCCCCAACAACGAGGACAAGGAGAAAUUUGUCAAGCGGUGCAAGACGGACGUGGUGGUUCUGUACGACGAGGCGACCCCGGAGCGGCAGGAGUCCGGGCUGGGGAGCUCCGUGCUGGGGCUGCUGCUGCAGAAACUGCGGGACGACGGGUGCAAGGCUUUCUACCUGGAGGGGGGCUUCAACAAGUUCCAGUCGGAGUACCCCGAGCACUGCGAGACCAACUUGGACUGCUCCUGCCCCAGCAGCUCGCCACCGGCCUCCGUCCUCGGCCUGGGAGGACUUCGCAUCAGCUCCGACUGCUCAGACGGGGAAUCUGACCGUGAGCCGGGCAGCGCCACCGAGUCGGAGGGCAGCCCGCUCCCCAACAACCAGCCAGCGUUUCCUGUCCAGAUCCUGCCCUACCUUUACCUGGGCUGUGCCAAAGACUCCACCAACCUGGAUGUGCUCAGCAAGUACAACAUCAAGUACAUCCUCAACGUGACGCCCAACCUGCCCAACAUGUUCGAACACGAAGGGGACUUCAAGUACAAACAGAUCCCCAUCUCCGAUCACUGGAGCCAGAACCUCUCUCAGUUUUUCCCCGAGGCCAUUUCAUUCAUUGACGAGGCUCGCUCCAAAAAGUGCGGCAUCCUGGUGCACUGUCUGGCCGGGAUCAGCCGCUCGGUGACCGUCACGGUGGCCUACCUGAUGCAGAAGCUCAACCUGUCACUCAACGAUGCGUACGACUUUGUCAAGAGGAAAAAGUCAAACAUUUCCCCAAACUUCAACUUCAUGGGCCAGCUCCUGGACUUUGAGCGGACGCUGGGCCUCAACAGCCCCUGUGACAACCACUCGACCUCCCCGACGCACGACCAGCUCUUCUUCACCACCCCGACCAAUCACAACGUGUUUCAGCUGGACACGCUGGAGUCCAGAUGAAACUUGAGUGGGGUGACUGUUCCUUUCUUUGGGGGGUUAAAGGCGGUGUUGUUACCAUGAUAACAAGCGUCUGCACUGGAGGGAAGCUGCCGGUUUUAAUGAAUGUUUGAGCCUCCCGAGGCUCGUUGUCUGAGCGCCUGGCGAAGGAGCAGCGUCGGAUGGGCAGGUGGAGGUCACAGGUGCGGCGUUAAAAAGGGGACGAGGUGUUUUUUAAACCCAGUGGGGGAACUGACAAAUGGGUUUACAAUGGCGUCCUCCGUGGGAGUUGAUUGAAAUCGAGGGAGGAAGAGCCCCGAUCAACUCGUCUUGUCACAAAGAACCGAGGAGACUUAACUGACUGAGCGAAGGACGCGGGAGGACAGACGGCUUCAUACAAAGAUAGGAAAAAUCUACAGCGCUCGACUUAUGAGACAACAACAUCCUCUCUGUCUUUCUCUCGGCUCUCUGGCCGAGCUGACUGGUGCCAAGUGGAGAAUCUGGGAUUUACUUGUAGGAAAUCUCGCUCUACUGAAUGUAGAGUUUUACAAACCAAGGAAUUAACACACACAUAUACAAAGUAUGUAUGUUUGUACUGUAUGUAUGUCAACGUACAUAGCAGAAAAUUCAGUAUGUCUUUAUGCAUUUUUGUAUACUUUUGUGUACAUUUACGCACAAAUCUGUACCUUAUAUAAAUAUAUAUAUAUAUACACAUAGAAAUCGUAUCUUUUCAAUCCAACAAUGGCUUAAGAGAUUGUAAAACUAAAGAACGGGUGGAGACGCCAACAAAGAGGAACGUUAUUGUGAUAUUCCUAGUCGUCUUUUUUUUUUAAGUUUCGUUUUUUCCUUUCAGGUUUGUAAUGACCUAAUGCAGUUUGCACAGUGGUGUAGCCACUGACAUGUUGGCACUUGGAGCCGGUGCUAGAAGCAGGCAGAUAAAGAGACAUUCAGAGAGGACGAGCGGAGAGGAGAGGCCAGUCCCAGGCUGCGACGAGUCCCGACAGCUGCACAGUGGAGUGGGGAGGGAGCAGGAACUGGCCCCCCGAGCAAAGGACAAGGUUCAGGGGUUAGAGGGUAGGGUUAGGGGCAAAGACGAGUAGCGGGCAAGAUCAGUGCAUGGGGGUGGUUGGGUGUGGGUGAAGGCGAGUUGACAGUCGGCCAACUGUUUUCAAGUGCAAGUUCCUACUUCCUUCCCAGUACGACUGUUCAUCCAGUUGCCUUACAAGAAGUACCAGUUAUCUCCACCAGCUGUUUUGAUUCGUUCAGUCAGAAAGUAAGCUACUGAACUUCCUCGGUUAUUUCCUCACGUCGCAUAUAGUCCGACCACAGUAUGUUAUUGCCAAACUGGUUUCUCACACCUCUGAUGUUUGUACUUUGAGGCGGACACUUAACUGAGAGGUCAUCUGGGGAGGUGCCUCAACACUCUUGUAUUACCUUACUUCUUUUCGCCUCAGAGGAAGUUUUUCAAUUUGUUGUCCUAUCUUAGGUUCUGUUUACCAAAAAUACAAAAAAAAGGACUGUAUAGGACACGGGACUGCGAUUGUAUCCUGCUCUUGGUGUUGGUAUUAUGGUGUUGUGGACUGGGACUGGCCUCAGCUACAGACUGCACUUAGCUACUUCAAUAGCUUCACGUCCCGUAACUGCAUUGGUGGAAACAGAAGGAAAGUCUUUUCUGCAAAGGGAUCACCCAUUUUGUCAAAGAAAGGUUUGUCUUGAGUUAAUUCACCCGUAAGCCUUGGGUAUAUGAAAGAUAUAUUAAACAUAAAAUGAUAUAAAUAUAUAUAUAUAAUAGAGCUGACAGUAAACAGAUAUUAUUUUGUAUACCUGAGCAUGCUGUGGUACUGUAUGCUCUCUAACAGCAGACGUAACUACGGGUUGGAUGAUGCUUUACCAGGUGGGAAGAUGAAUGAUGAGGACCGUUUUUUUAACUGCUGUUGCUGCUGAACACAGCGGCACACGGCAUGUAGUUAAGGAGUUUUCUGAGAUCCUGUCCACAUCAGAAGCACCUUAACAACAAAGACUCCCCCAAAAAAAGCACAAAUGCUGCAGCAUUUGUGCUUUUAAUUUAGGUUUCCUCCAAUGAGUCCAACAACACUGCAGCACUUUUAUCUGUACUACCUGCUAUCUGUAGGUACAUUGGGCGUCAUGCAAGAACAUUUUAAUUUUUUCAUCCUAAAUCUCUCACUUUUUUUCUGUGAGGGAUGCUCACAGGAGUCUGAUUCAGCUUUUAACUGCACAAACAUGUAAACUGCAAGUCUCAAGCUGGUUAUGGCCACCUGUGUAUGAGGUCGUGCACAUUUGUGAGUUGCGAUUGUUCCAUAAUUGCCGCUUUAGAAUUGCUUCAUCAGGCUACCUGUUCUGCUGGAACAGGUAGCCUGAUGUUUUUUGUUCACAGAAAUGUAAAAAGCAGAUUAGAUGAGCAGACAUAACAUUUAGCAGGCUGUUAAUACGGUUGUCUGCGCUGCCUACUGUGAAAGAUGCUAAAAGCCAUCAUGACACUGGAAUCACAGCUCUUUGUAGAGUUAUGAGUGACGUUCAGACCAGCUGCAUGUCCUCCUCUGGCCUGUUGGUCCGAGGACAACUUGUAGUUGGUUGAAAUGUCUGAGAAAACUAAAAGGAAAAUAAAUAGCUUGCACACUAAAGAACAAAUCUGCUUACAUGAUUAUGGUUCUUGCAUGAGGCCCAUUGUUAAAAGCGAGCUCCAGAGGUUUGGAUGUGGACAGGGUCUAAACGGAAACAAAGGACUGGGUUUUACAGGGGACAGCAGUUGAAUCUGAAGAAGGUUGGUUUUAGCUGGCCUUACAUAAUCCUUCUAACUUGUUUCUAAUGCUGACUGUUCAAUACUUUGUAUCUCACUUUAGAAAAACGUUGUGUGAAAACGAAACUUUUGUUUAUCUGUUAUUUGAAUCAGAAAAUGGUAAUAAUAGACAGCGAGCUGUUUUUUUUUUUGUUUUUUUUAUAUAACCGUAACGGGUCACACAAGGUCCUCUUUGUUACUCUGCAAUAUAUCAAAACACCAUUUUUUUUGCAGUAUUUUGUAGAUUCAAGACCUCAACAUUUUUUUUAAUCUUCUUCUUUUGUACUAUAUCUAUUCUAUUAUGAUUAUACAAGAUCCAGCUCGAUAUGGCUUGUGGACUGAAGUAACAUUUCACCUGGGGUGUCCAAAAUGUAGGGCCGACGUGCCCGUUACCAACUUGAAAGAGGCCCUCACUAACACACACACACACACACACACACACACACACACAGCCAGAGCUGUGGGUCAGCAUGCCAGUUAUGUUUCACAAUAGACGAUUACACCACCCCGCUUAUAUAAUGAAAACGUCUUUCUCCAUCUUGUUUUGAUAUAAUGUGCUCUAUGCUAUUCCUGUGGCCUUUCAAUAUGAAUAUAUAUGUUAGAAUUUAUAUGCAAAUUUCCUCUCCUAUAACAUCAGAGAUGAAACUAAUACUACCACGCUUGAAUGGCCUUCCCGCGUCUGUAGUUAUAUCCCACUUACAAUAAGAAAAACAACUUGAUCACUUGCACCCUAGGAUUGAAAUAUAUUUCAGUACGGAGCUUUUCUACUCAAAAAGAAAAUGGAUUUCAAGCUGCAUUCUUGUGUUUUUUUUUGUGUGUGUGUGUGUCUUUGUAACAAUGAAAGAGAAAUCAAGUCUUUUUCUCUGUUUGUAAAUUUG